UUAAAAUAAGGUGGAGACAAUCAGACAAAACAGUCAAACCUCCUUUUCAUAUUCUCUUCCUUUAGAAAUGGUGAACUCUCCUCAUUCACUGAGUCAACUCGCUCUGUUCUUGAUUCUUUGCUGCUACUUCGCAUCUUCUUCAACAUCUGCUGCUAGGCCUGGCUUCCUCUUCCCUGUACACAGAGGACGAUGCACUCCCCAGUACUGGGGCAGCAGCAAGAGGGAAGAAUGGCCAAAGAUGGUACCACAAAGAUCAACGGUAUCAAAAGUAUUUGGAUCAAGAGCAAUCGAACGGUUCAGAUCUGAUUUGACCUUGUUAGAAGCAGCAACACGAAACGACGACGUUGAGAAUGCUUAUGCAAGAGUGUUGAAGCAGUCAAGUGCUGCGUUGUUGAAUUCGUAUUCUAGAUUGGGCUUUCCUUACAGGGCCUGGGAGGUAAAGACACUGCUUUUAAAGGGCCUAAUCUCUGAGAAAGAUGCGGCCCAACAGGCCCAUAUACUUAAGAUGGCUAAUGAAGCGUGUAAUUAAAGAUUUACCUACUAAUAGAGUAAAGGGGUAGUUUAGUAAUAGUACCUCCGUUUCAAAAUAAUUGUCUAUAUUUCGUACGUUUUACUCACGUACGAUAAAUAGGUACUUUUUCUUAGGGAUGGAGGGAAUAGGGAGACUUCCUAAUUUGUAGACUCUAGUAAAAACAUGAAGUGAAUUUCAUGUAAUUAAGGUUAGCUAGCUAAUGAGGUAAUUGAGGAAACCAAAUGGUAUGAUGCUAUAUUGCUACUACAAUUAUUUCCUUUUUGUGCA